AGUCUAAGAACGCUAUAGUCGAUAAGCCCACUAUUGAAUCUCCACGAAUCCUUGAUCAAUCUUUCCCCUGAAUAAUACGAUGCCUGGCAAUAUCGCGGCAACCUACGCCGAGCCCGGUACACCAAAGAUAGCCAUCGAAACACUGGAGGUUCCCAAGCCCGGCGCAGGACAGGUUCUCGUUAAAAUGACACACUCAGGAGUUUGCCAUUCCGACCUCGCGGUUUGUACACAAGCUUGGCCUAUUCUUCCCUUUCCAACACAAAAAGGACAAGUCGGAGGGCACGAGGGUGUAGGGGAGGUAGUUGAACACGGGCCUGGAGUCACAGAACCCAAAAUCGGAACUCGUAUCGGUAUCAAAUGGCUUGCUGAAGUCUGUGGAAGUUGCGGUAUGAACCCACGAGUCACGACCUUAUUUACAACCCAAAACACAGUUUCCAAUUCAAAGACCGCUAUCCCAAAAUGGCACUACCUAUCCACCUCAGAUAUCAAAUAUAGAGUCUCCAAGCCUGAGCUAAUACCUCAUUCUCUUACAGACGCCUGCCUCGAAGGUGACGACAACACCUGCACUACCCAAAAGAUCUCAGGGUACUACACCCCCGGCACGUUUCAGCAAUACGUGACCACCUCAGCACACUACUGCACGCCCAUACCAGAUGGCGUUGACUCCGCUGAAGCGGCGCCUAUCUUGUGUGCUGGACUUACUGUCUACUCUGGCCUCCUGAAAGCGAAUACCAAACCCGGCGACUGGAUCGUCAUCAGCGGUGCUGGAGGUGGCCUUGGUAAGCAGGUUUCUGUCUUAUUAUGUUACGUUACCCAGCUGCAAAGUCGCUUGCCAGCCUGACUCAAUACACAACCCACUGUUUUGAGAGAGGGAUCUCGUCAUGCCCUUUGAACUCCCCACUGUACAAUAUAACGUCCAGGGCUCUAAUAGUCGGUUCCCCUCUGUAAGUCUGCGGGCACUCGCCUACAGUCGGCGAAAGCAAGUGUCACGGGAAAGCAAGUGUCACGCAAAAAUAAUUGAAUAAUUUUAUAGCUUUUAUAACAGAUACUAAUAAUUAAAAGGAG